GAGCGCGCACUGUGCCUCUCUUCCCCCCCCACACACACCCCACACAUGCACCAUCCAGCAUCAACUGCUGUAGGGGGGCCACAUGCAUUGAAGGGACCAGCGUGAACGCGCCCGGCUCCUCUCUCACCUUCUCUCGCGCUCUGACUGUGCUCGAGCGGUUCCUCCGUGCGCGCUCCUGCUAAGAGACAGGCUUCAGGGAGCCCGGAGAGCAGACGAGCGACAGCGGGGAGAGAGAAAGAUGGAGGUGAGGGUCGGGGAGAGACUCCUGUGCCUGGCUGUGCUGUCCAGCGUCUUCUUCGUGGAUUCAGUCCUCGGGAAAUACGUUAAAGGCAUCGUCAACACCAAAGAGGACUGGGUGUUCCUGACUCGCUUCUGCUUUCUCACCGACUUUGGCCGUCUGGACUUCCGGUUCCGCUAUCCAAAGUCUCGCUGCUGUCAGAACAUAUUGCUGUACUUUGAUGACAGCUCUCAGUGGCCAGCUGUGUACAAGAGGCAUGAAAAGAACUGCUACCAGAAGGAAGCGGUGCUGAGGCCCGAGAACAAUCAGGUCAUCAACCUCACAACACACUACACCUGGUCAGGCUGUGUGGUGGAGGGAGACGGGAAUGAGGAAGUUCUGAGCUGCGUGGGCGGACGUAGUUUCCGCUCGGUGAGGGAAAGAUGGUGGUACAUCGCUCUCAGCAAGUGUGGGGGCGAAGGCUUGCAGCUGGAGUACGAGAUGAAACUGACCAAUGGCCAGUCGUUCUGGACGCAGCAUUUCUCUGCAGAUGAGUUCGGAAUCUUGGAGACGGACAUCACGUUCCUGGUCAUCUUCUCCUUGGUGUUCAUCCUCUCCUGCUACUUUGCCUACAAUCUGAAGGGACGACAGCUUCUUCACACAACCUACAAAAUGUUUAUGACGGCGGCAGGUGUGGAGGUGCUCAGCCUGUUGUUCCAUUGUGUCUACUGGAGCCUGUAUGCUAGAGAUGGAGUUGGCAACGGCAGCCUGAAAAUACUCGGGAAAUUACUCUUCUCCGUCAGUUUCUUGGUGUUCCUGCUGAUGCUCAUAUUGUUGGGCAAAGGGUUCACCGUCACCAGGGCGAGGAUCAGUCACAGUGGGUCGGUUAAGUUGAGCAUCUAUAUGACUGUCUACACAAUCACCUACGUCAUCCUCUUCAUCUACGAGGCAGAGUUCUUUGACCCGGGUGAAGUGCUGUAUGCCUACGACAGCCCCGCAGGCUACGGACUGAUGGGUUUGCAGCUGCUGGCCUACGUGUGGUUCUGCUACGCCGUGCUGGUGUCCCUGAAACGCUACCCAGAGAAACAGCCCUUCUACAUCCCUUUCUUCACCACGUACACACUGUGGUUUUUCGCAGUGCCUGUUAUGGCUCUGAUCGCCAACUUUGGGAUCCCUCGCUGGGCCCGGGAGAAGAUCGUCAACGGCAUUCAGCUCGGCAUCCACCUCUACGCUCACAUCGUCUUCCUCGUUAUCACGCGGCCCUCGGCAGCCAAUAAGAACUUCCCAUAUCACGUUCGGACGUCCCAGAUUGGGAUCCUGAUGUCCAGUCCAAAGGCGGGCGAAGGGGCGGAGAGUUUCCCCCAUCACGCCUAUGGAAAUGGCUCCUUCCUGGGAGACUCUCAGCCCAACUUCACUGAGCUCUUCUCCAUCCAGUCGGACCCGGUGAAGACGGUGGAGGAGACGGUGGCCCGUAAAGGACCCGAGGUGCCCAGGAACAGCGAGCAGAAGAUCAUCACCACCGCUGCCGACUUGACGGCGAUAUUGCCUCCACCUCCGCCUCCGAUACCCCCACGCACGGCCACGCGCUCUCCUCCGCUGCCGCCCCGGCUCCCUUCCUUCACAGAGUAUUUCAGCAUGCAGAGCGGAGGAGGAGGAGGAGGAGGGUUCGGAACGAAGGCAUGAGACCGGACAGAGGGAAGAGGGGGGGGGGGAGCACAGAAUGACAAUGCAAAGAAAAGAAAUAGUCAGAGUGGAAAUGAAGGUGAUGCUGUUUUAAAGAUGGCCGAAGAAGAAAAUCCAUUUUCACCUGCGAGUGGAAAUAACCUGAGCGGUAGAGCGAGGGGGGGGGGGGGGGGGAGAUGGAGGUACUGAGUGUGUAAAAGAAUAAAGAAGCAAUAAAUAUUUGAUAAUGACCAGUAAAAGGCACACAUGGAGAAAGAUGACAAAGUGGAUGUAGCCUGAGCAAUAGGAUGAUCGCUGUGCACGAUGCGGAAAUGAACAAAUUCUUGAAAUACUUCUAUUCAAACAUUCAUGAGGCGUCGGUGGCGUGUCUGUAGGAGUUUGUAAAUAGCUCAAACUGGAGAGAGCUCCCACUCUGUAUAGUUUUAUUUCCGAAACAAAUUGUUUUAAUGUUUUUUUUCCGCAUCAUUAAAUUCCAGUUGGUGCUGUGACCAUCCGAAAAAAAAAGAAACAACUAACGCCGUUACAUUUAUCCACGUCAUGUAAAAAACGUUUUUUAUGUUUGACACAUUUUGAUACAGCAUAGAUAUUAUAUGGAGUUUGUUGGGUUAAUUUAUAUUCUUAUAUGCCUUCAUUGCAGCUGGUUAUUCUGGAUUGAUAUGCUGAUGUGUAAAUGUAAAACGUCACGUUGACUGUGGACACUUCUAGGUACUUGUAAAACACGCAUGUUUGUAUCGUAUUUCCCGUCCUAAAAGCUGAUAUGUGUAACUCCACGUGACCAUACCAUAUCCGCUUAUUGUGUGUAUUGAAAUCUAUACUUUUGUAAAUACACACAAUAGGCGUCAGUAUAUUUUUGACUGGAUAAAUUGUUGUUAUUCCAAUCACCCUGUCUGAAACAUAAACCCAAUAUUAUACCAUAUAGCUGAAUUCUCACUGGAGUGCAGAAAAUGCCUGCUUUAAAAGAAAAGUGUGUGUGUGUGUGUGUGUGUGUGUGUGUGUGUGUGUGUGUGUGUACUGAUGCAAUGCAGCACAAGGACACCAAGUGACUGCAACACUACAGUACACUUUGUCGACAACAUGUAUCAAUGAUUUAAGAGCAGGGGGGGGGGUCUGCCUUUUAUAAAUACAAGUAAGUUCAUCCUCACCCCUGUAAAGUACCUAAAACAUGAAUAUUUGUUGGCUUUAUUUCACUUUAACAUUCAAAUAUUACUAGUUUUGUAUCCCUUAACAUUGAGCUAUGACAACAACAACAACAACAAAAAAGCCUUGUAGAUGCAACACACCUACGUUCUGUCUGUCCUGCAUGGAGCACUUUAAUGUUCCUGGUCUUAAGUCUGUUUAUUCGUGAUGAUGUCACUUUAUAGGACUGCUUUGAAACCUGUAUUCACACCACUACGAGUAGUAUUCCAACAUGCACACACCUGUAAAUACAAGUCUGUAAAUGUCGACCACUUUGCGGACACUUUAGGGAAUGUAUCACGUUAAGUCAAUGUCAUUUAACAUUGAAUUGUUGAAGUUAAGUCGUGUAAGAGUGUCGCUGAGUUUACGAGCUUUCUGCAAUCCAGAAGCUAAAAAAGAAAGAAAAAAAAAAAAUCAUGUGAACGGACAGAUUUUAUCUUGAUUUGUUAAAUAUGAUGGACCUCAGCUUGUAGUCCACACAUUUAUCAAUGGCAGUGUUGCUGUAAUGGAUGUUAGGACUGUGGUGUGUAACUUGUAAGAGUGUAGUCAGAGGUUAUACUUGAAUUAGAGUACUAGUCGUUAUUUCUGAUUGUUCCCGGCUUAUAUUUGGCGAAUCUGCCAUUUUGUCUGCUGUCGCCUAUUGUUAUGGUUGCCGUGACUCGACUGGAAGGCUUACUGACACUAUCACUGCGUCAACCUUGUGUGUAUCGAUAUACAAUUACAGAACUGAGACACUGAAGCGGACUUCACAAAGAGAUUAUGUAUGCAUGACAGAAAACAGCACAGCUUUUAGGAUACUCAGAGCGAUCUGGUUAAGAGCACAUCACUGAAGCACUGGUCCAAUGCAUUUUAAUGGUGUCAAAUGACAAUUCUAAAUACGCUGUACAUAUACACCUUUUGCCAAAAUAAUAAAAUAAAAAUAUGGUUUUAUUAGAGG